AUGAGUGCAGACGACUCGUUUACUCUCGCGAUGCAGCCACCGGGCCCUCGGAUCGCUCGAGCUGACCAGCAGCAGCGCAAACACUCCAUCUUCCGCGACGGCCUUCAUGUCCGGAUAGCAGUCUUCGUCGACGAGCAGCGGUGUGCGGCAGAGAACGAAGUCGACGCCGACGACGAGCGUAGCUGGCACUGGGUCGCAUACGCUGGUCCAGGUAGAGUGCCAGUAGGCGUUGUGCGUCUUGUCCCGCCUCCCCAUGAGGGCCAUCAGCAUGAAGGUGGAGAAGGAGGGGAAGAAGAAGAAGAGCAUGAGAGAAGACCGUUUAUCAAGAUCGGCCGGCUUGCUGUUCUUCCAGCGUAUCGAGGCAAGGGACUCGCGCGGCUGCUGGUCGACACGGCGCUGGGAUGGGCGGCGGAGCAUGCGGUGGAGGUCGGGGCUGGAUGGGACGGCCUGGUGCUGAUACAUGCGCAGACGGACGUCGAGGCGAUGUACGCUCGUCUGGGAUUCAAGACCGACGAGAGCAUGGGACGGUGGGUGGAAGAAGGCAUUCCUCACGUUGGGAUGUGGAAGAAGCUGUGA